ACAGCUUUGCCAAAUCUACAGAGAAACACACACUCACACCAACACCUGCUUCACCUCAUAUACUCUGCAAUCAUGAAAGUGGCUGCGCUGAUCUGUGUUUCUCUUCUUCUUUGCCUUUCCGCUGUCAUAUCAGCAGAUGAAAAGUCACAGCCCAGAGAGGCCGAAUGCGAAAAGUAUGUGACCUCGACAUGCACCCGUGAGUUCGACCCGGUGUGUGGCGACGACGGCAAGACGUACUCCACUGAGUGUGUUCUCUGUAUGGAAAACAAAACACGAAACCAGCAUGUCAAGGUGAUGCACAAGGGAAUGUGUAAAGAUCUACCAAGAGGAGAAAGGACUGGAAAUGAGAAGACCAGGAGAUCUGUACACUUUUAAUUAUUUAUCAUAGAAAUCCUUGUGUUGAUAGUAUCAUCUCACUAAAAUUCUGUCCAUGAACAAAUAAAAAGUCUAAGCAUCA